UUCUGUAAAUGAUGAUAAGAUGGAAUCUUUUAUGAAUUUAUCCGAAUGUACCGCGCAAUGUUUUCCUUGCGCGAUAGGUGAAUGUGCUGUUUAUUAUUGUAUAAACUUAUAGCGACGUACUUGGGAUUUAUUGAUAAGUUGUAAAUAAAUUUACAAUUUAGAAAGAAUUAAUUUUUGUCAUGGCUGACGAAGCGGAGCAAGUCCCAGCGAUAAAUGUUAAGGAACCUUUAGAUCUUAUAAGAUUGAGUCUCGAUGAACGUAUUUACGUUAAAAUGAGGAACGAGAGGGAGCUUAGAGGAAGAUUACAUGCUUACGAUCAACAUUUGAAUAUGGUAUUGGGAGAAGCAGAAGAAACGGUAACCACUGUAGAGAUUGAUGAAGAAACAUACGAAGAGGUUUAUCGUACCACAAAACGGAAUAUAUCUAUGUUAUUCGUUCGUGGUGACGGCGUAAUAUUGGUUUCUCCGCCUAGCAUGAGAGCGCCAAUAUAACAUUUUAAUUUGCAUAUGAUGUUUGUAUACGUUACAAACGUAUAAUAUAGAUUUAAGCUUAAUAUUACUAUAAUAUUAUUACUUUUUGUAUUAUCAUUGAAAGAAGUCGUGAUGUACGAAUCAACAGAACAAUCUGUAUAGGACUACUACUACAAGUUUGUGACAAAGCUAUAAUUAUAGUGAAACAAAUUACAUUUCACAUUAUAUUAAAACAGGUACACAAGUAAAAAAUUGAGAGCAAUAGAAAUUUUCUAAGUAAAAUGGUAAAACUGUUUGUACUGUAUUAUUUUACAAAGUUCUAAAUUACUUGAUCGAUUAUGUUUUAGCUCGUAGUUUUGGGAUUGAAUUAUUGCUAACGGUUAAAUUGUCAGAUCUUGGUGAAGUAGGAUGCUCUGCUGCUUUUGAUAUUUGUACAGAGAGGUCUGUGAUCCUUUGGUCUUUGAACUUCAUCAAAGAUUCGAGAUGAUUUACUUUUUGUUGAAGGGCGUUGAUGAUAUCAUUUUUUUCUUCUAAUUCUUGUUUUAGCCGAACAAACACAUGACGUGGAACAGUUUUGUUUGCUACUUCUUCGAGAUCGAGUACUGAUUUAACAAUCUCUUUACAAGGAAUGACAAUACUUAAGUCGAACGAUUUUUCCAUAGCGCACAGUUUUCUAUAAUAAAUUACGUACCUCCUUUCUCGGUAUCCUCAUACUUAGAAUACAGAUCAGCUCUAUCCGCAUUACAGUCUCUUAAAAUCUUAAUCCUCAAAUCACUCAAAACUUUUUCGAUAACUCCCGGCGUUGCAUUAGCUAAGUCAGCGAUCACAUCUUUUUUUAAUUUCAUAUUAAGUUUCGACAAAACCUUACGGUUUAGCGUACACCAAUUUUCUAUUUUUUUGGCAGUGCUAUUUCCAGAUAUAUAAUUAUGUAUAUCGACGUGUCUAGGAUAAUAUUUUUUUAAUAAUUCCGCCAUAAAAACUGUAAUUAAUCGUAUGGAAGUUUGAAUUUUUCCAAAGAUAAACUUGUUAGGCCAGAACUAUAUAUUUUCUUGUACCUGCGUCCGAGAAAUCUCGAGCAAGAUUUUUCUUCGGUUUCGAAAACGUCAUUUGCUCGACCCAGGUAUAAAUCUCCUCCAAAUUAUCGUCAUUUAUUAAUGCCACACUCAUGUUUCGAUUUUAAUUCUCGCAAAAUAAAGUAUUUUAAUGAUUUUUAUACAACAGAAUUUACAGAUGACGUCACAUUUUCAUCAUAUUACAUUUCGUCAAUCUUCGAAUUGCCAAAUUCCAUUAGUAAAAUAGCGAAGGCUGUAUUUUUUAAUGCGUGCGAAUGUAACUUCACGUUGGUCCCGUGGUUAGAAUUACAUAUUUGUUUCACAAAUAUCACCAGCAUUUUGCGUCAGACGUAAACGUAAUGCUGCUUUCGCACGCAUUCCAUCGGACGUGCACAAUUAAAUAAUAACUCGUAUUUAACCAAUAUCCUUCGUUUCACUAUUUCAUAAACGAAAACUUUGCCGAACAAAUAUUCAAAAUUGUCACGGUUGUCGAGAAGAGCAACAAUAUCGGGAACAAGAUAUAUACAAUCUUUUUAAUAUAUUCAUAAUAUUCUUAUUUUGUAGAUACGGCAAAAUAAAAUUAUUAAGAUAA